CAGGGGCGGGGCGAGGCCAGGGGAGCCUCGCAAGCGGAGAUUGCCCUUGUGUCUCGAGCCGGGAAGCGGCUGGGAGCGGAGCGGAGCAGCGCAGCCUCCCCGCGCGCCGCGGCGCCAGCGCAGCCCCCCCCGCCGCCUCCGCCCGCUAGCGGGACGGGACGGGACAGGAGAGGCGAACAAACGGACGGACGGACACGCCGGCAGGGGCAAAGGGAGCCAGUGGGGGCACUCGGCACCGCUCCGCGGGGGAACCUGAACCUGCCCAGCAGCGCCGGAGCCAGAAGAGAGAGCCGUUCCCCCCCCCUCCUCCCUCCCCAAUCCGCCCCCGCGACCCUGGUCCUCCUCCUCCUCCUCACCCCACUGGAUACAGCGAGGGAGACACUGCGGCGGAGGCGGCGGCGGCGGCGGCUCCUGCGGGGGGAAGGAAGCGCCCGGAGAGCGGAGCGGCGGGAGGCUGCGGAUCUGCGUGCCUGGCGCCCACCCAGCCCGAGGGGAGACCCCAGGAUGCGGCUGAAGCCCGGCGCCCUCCUGCGCUUCUACAGCCUCUGCGGGAUCCUCGUACAAGUGGCUGCUACAAAGAGCAAAGGUAGAGGCAGCCAAGGGCAGUUUCCACUUACACAGAACGUCACGGUUGUUGAAGGGGGAACAGCAAAUUUGACCUGCAGGGUCGAUCAAAAUGAUAACACCUCCCUCCAGUGGUCAAAUCCAGCUCAACAAACACUGUACUUCGAUGACAAGAAAGCUCUGAGGGACAACAGAAUUGAGCUGGUCCGAGCUUCAUGGCAUGAACUGAGUAUCAGUGUCAGUGAUGUGUCUCUGUCGGAUGAAGGGCAGUAUACCUGCUCUUUAUUUACAAUGCCUGUCAAAACUUCCAAGGCUUUUCUUACCGUUCUCGGUGUUCCUGAGAAGCCACAAAUUACUGGAUUUACCUCACCAGUUAUGGAGGGAGAGAGGAUGCAGCUAACUUGCAAGACGUCUGGUAGUAAACCAGCAGCUGAUAUCAGAUGGUUCAAGAACGACAAAGAAGUUAAAGAUGUUAAAUAUUUAAAAGAAGAAGAUGCAAAUCGUAAAACAUUCACAGUCAGCAGCACACUGGAUUUCCUAGCAGAUCGCAAUGAUGAUGGUGCAGUUGUAAGCUGCAGAGUAGAUCACGAGUCCCUAAACUCUACACCUCAGAUAGCAAUGCAGGUUCUAGAAAUACACUAUACACCUUUAGUUAAAAUCAUUUCUUCCAAUUCAUGGCCUGAAGAAGGACAAUCUAUAAUUUUGACUUGUGAAUCCAAAGGAAAACCAGUGCCAGAACCAGUGCUGUGGACAAAGGAUGGUGGAGAACUACCAGAUCCAGAGAGAAUGGUUGUCAAUGGCAGGGUCCUAAGCAUCAGUUUCCUAAACAAAACAGAUAAUGGUACAUACCGAUGUGAAGCAAAAAAUCCUAUCGGCCGAAACAGCACAGAAUAUGUCCUGAUAGUACAUGAUGUUUUCAACACUUUGCUUCCCACUACUGUCAUCCCCUCCCUUACCACUGCAACAGUCACAACCACUGUAGCCUUAACAACCAGCACAACCACAUCGGCAACAGCCAUCAGCACCAGAGAUCCAAAUGCUUUGGCUGGACAGACCGGACCUGACCAUGCCCUUAUAGGAGGAAUAGUGGCUGUAGUUGUCUUUGUAACGCUAUGUUCUAUAAUUCUCCUUGGUCGAUACCUGGCAAGACAUAAAGGAACAUAUUUAACAAAUGAAGCAAAAGGAGCCGAAGAUGCACCUGAUGCCGACACAGCCAUUAUCAAUGCAGAAGGCAGCCAAGUCAAUGCAGAGGAAAAAAAAGAGUAUUUCAUUUAGAUGCAGAGCUAGAAUCUUGGAGUUUUACUUAUCAGGCUGACUGCUGGGGAAAACUGGCUAUAAUUUCUCAGAAUUCCUUUCUGCCAUCUUCUGCUAUCUUUAUUAACUCUCACACCUGCUAUAAGUAGCCAGUUUAUGCCAACAAUCAGCUGUUGACAUCAUCAUUCUAUAAUUACAGUAUCAUGCGUAAAGCAGGACAUUUCUUAUUGCCUAAAAUUCAUAUCCACUGCUCUCUUAACAUACAGUGCUUGAAUAUACAGCCUUAACAAUGUUAAUCAUCAUCUUAAUCCAAGUUUUCUACAUUUUUAAAUGUUAUGCAGCUUUCUUCUUUUUCCGUUUUCUUUUAUCAUGUCCCUACUAGUGUGUCAUAAAACAAAAUUCAUAACAAAUACUAUUAGGUAGGGACCUAGCUUACUUACAUAAAACGUUAAGUCUAAGAUUAGAGGUUUACAAAGAAUAUACAUGUCUAUCUAUAAUUCAAAACAACAACUUGUUUUUGAAACAUAUGCCCUAGGAAACACAAACCGAAAUAUUUUUGGUAUAGUUUCUUGCAUGCUUGGAUUUGAUGGAAAGAAAAUAUCAGUCUACUGAAUUUUUUGUUCUAUUUUGCUUUGUUUUGUUAUGUUUAAAAUGGUACCUUGACAACAGUGCCAUGUUUCAGUGGUAAAAAUAUGCUGAACAGCUAUACAAAUUCUGCAAAGUUAGAUAACAGUACUUCAUUUGAAACAAAUUUGACCUGCCCUUUUACUGCUUUUUGGGAUCACUGAGAUUAGAGAACUUUCUGUGUAACUUCUGUUUUUUAUAAUUUAUUUGCUUCACAUGACCUCACCUGCCUACUCAAAUUUGAAGUGUUCAUGGGGCACAACUGCAAGACGUUUUAGUAUCUGUAUAUAGCGCAUAUAAUAAAUUCAAUUAAACAUUAUUUGAUACAUAUUUAACUUUUUUGGCAGUAGCUAAGUCAGUCACAAGCAAGCAUUUUCUAAUGUCCAUUAUAUCCCUUUAGAUAUGACUCAAAUCAGUAUUCUGAGUAGAUAACAUGUAUUAGUGGGUUUUUGUCUGUAUGUCCUAGCACUGUUCAGCAGCAAACUUUUCUAGUUCUUGUUAAUUUUUUCUUUGUUAUACAAUGGAAGCACAAUGUUAUAUGGAAAGAUAGUUUUAAGCUAACAACCAGUGCACAGCCUCAGGUUUUAAAUUACAACCACAUUUGAUUACUAUCCUUAAAAAAUACUAUUGAGUUGCUAAAAUUCUCAAUUUUUCGUUUGGCAGUUCCAGAGCUGCUUCUCUAUGUUGGUUUGCCAAAAAAAAUAAAAAAAAAAAAAAAAAAAAAAAAGGAAAAAAAAGGAAAAAAAAAGAAAAAAAAAGAAAAAAUAGAAGUGUUAAAACAAAAGAUAUAUGUUUUGUGUAUACAGUAAAUGGACUAAUUCUUUAUAUUAAAUUCCUGUCUAUGCAUUUUGUGAGGUACAAACUUAUGUCACCGUGAAUGAUAGAGAAUUCCUGCCAUGCUUUUAGCUCCACAGUGAAAGUCUCUGUUUGGAUUAUUUCUGAAUUUUUUUGUGUAAUUGACAGCUGAAAAAUCACAUGCUCUUAAAUAUGACAACAAAACACUCUAAGCCCAUUGGCUUACUUCCUCUUCCAAUGAAAGAGAAAGGUUGCUGUAACAGCUCUUGGAAACGAUUGUACACUGGAGAACGCAAGUCUAGAUGGAGCUUGUCUUGCUCCUAAGUUUUGCACCUUUGACAAAAGAGUAUUUCUCCCUGGUAGCUGUGCUUGUGAAGCCUAAAAGCAUGAUGGUCUGCUGUAAAGAACUUUCUCCUGGGAUUUUAUUUUUGUGUGGGGAAGGGAGACUUUGGAAAAAUGACAUCAUGUAGUACAGUAAAAUGGAAGAUAAAAGGUGCUCUGUCAGAUUAUUUAUCAGAAGAGUAUAAACCUUUUAAGGACGAUAUUAGAGUAUUUUAAUUGUUUUUGUUGAAACAUUUAUCUUGUUCGUUUCUAAGAAAAAAGGGUGUCGUCAAUCAAAGCAGCACUUUUUUUCGAAGUAUACAGGCAUAAAUAAUAUGAUGUGGUUGAGUGUUAACAUAAUAAAUCAUAUACAGUAUGACAUUUUAAAGAAAUAAGUCUGCAUUGAUGUGAUUGCAUGCUUGUUUUUACAGUUCUCUCCAUACCCAUCUGUGGAAAAAUGCAAUAAUAUGUUAAUAUAAUAUGGUAGUUUGAGAGAACCAGGUAGGUGCUACUAGACACAUUGAAAACUAGUAUAGGUUUACAAGAUAUUCAUGUCUUUCAAAACAUACACAUGUAAAAGGCUGGCAAAGGAAGUCAUUCAGUUUAAUACCAAAAAUAUGGGUUCAUGUCACAACAGUAAGUUACAUUACCUACAGUACAGUAUCACAUAUGGCACAGUUUUAUUUCAGGACCUGGAGCCCAGUUCAACUAAGCAUUUAAGCACAUGCUGAGCUUUAGGCAUCAGAGAAGUUCCAUUGGACUGUAAGGCACUAUUCAUAUGCUUAAAAAUAAGUGCUUCCCUGGAUGAGGGCCUUAUUUGCUCAAGUGGAAUUCCCCACCAGUAUGGUGUUUAUGCCUUUUUUCAUUCUUCCUAACUCAAGCUUGCUUGAAUAGUAGGGUUGUUACUGGAACCAUUACCCAACCAAGGUCAGGUAGGGCCUUCAAAAGUGAGAUUGCCCUUGAGGUAACCAUUUCAAACCAUUUUCUCCAGUGGCAAAGAAACAGCAUUUAAACUUUGUAAAAAGAGGGAAGGGGAAAAAAAAAAAAAAAAAAACAAAAAACACACAAACAAACAACACCAAAAACAAUGUACUGUUAAAAUAGGUUAUUUCAUUGGUUUUCAAUUAAAAUGUCUCACAUGUGCUUGCUUUUAAUGCAGUUGAUCUUCCAUUAUCUUGCACCUCGUGAUGUCCCUUGCAUCUGUGCAAAGCAGGUGUGAAAAACCCCACACCAAGUAUUCUACCUGGAUAGCACCUUGCAAGCCUGUCUGGUUUUCACUGGUUUAAAUUACUACACUAGGUGUAAAGAGGCAUCCCUUUUCUUUGUAUGCAGAACCAUGUCUCAACACUAACAACAUUCAGCAGGCUCAAAGCCAGUCAUCUGUUCCCUUUGUCCAAGAUCCCAUUCUGAAACACCGCUUUUAUUAUGGUGUGAGGUAUCCAGCGAAUGUGAAAAGUGGAGACUCUGAAUGGGAACUACCCUCUCUAAAAUGUAUGUGACAUCCCUUCCUACACACACUUGCAGAGCAGUUUUCUUGAGACCAGGUAGCUAGUUUUCUGCCAGUGUACUGUUUACAGUGUCGAUUGCUGAUUAUUUUUAAACUUUCUGAUGUAGAUUUUUUUUUAGUGCUUCGAGAACAUUCUCAUGAUUUGAACAAGAAAGAGGUGCAUCGUCGCACUCUUUUAGGGUCAUCUGACAAACCAAGAAACAAUUUAAGGAACCUAUGUUUAACUUGAGGCUCAGAAUUUAAUCUAGAACACUUUAAAAAGUUUCCACGUUACUUAAGGGUGGUUUGUCUUGCACUGAGACUCCAUCUAUAAAGGAAAACAUGAAGAAGACCAAUUUUUUCUAAAUAAGACAUGAAAGUUAACAUCUUGUGUUAACAUCAUUGCAGUAUGAUAUAUAUAUAUAUAUAACUAUUUCAAUGAAAAGAAAGGACAGAAUCAUCUGUAAUUAUGUAAUUCAUGAUUGUAACAGCACUGAAGUUACCAUGUACGCACAUGUACAGUAGCUAUUUCAACAGUUACAGUGUAGUUACAUGUAAUUCCCUGUAACAUAACAGUUAUAGUGUAAUUUAGUGCCACUUAUUGUAAAGUGUUACCAAAAGGAAAAUGGAGUUCUUACCUUUACAAUUCCAUUCAAAUUAAAGGUAAGUUUAUUAAAUUAGCACCAUGAAUCUGAUAUUGCAUUUCUUAAUUAAGGAGGCGAUUUAAAACUUCAUGUUCACACUGCAGCUUCCCCCACCGCUUACCCAGACUCCUCCAAGUGUCUAAUCUCUACACUCCUAGGAACUGGUAAUAUAUAUGUGAUGAACAUACCAAAAAUCCAGCUACUUCAACUUUAAUUGAAUAAGCUGUCUAAUAGAGAAAAAACAAACAAACAAACAAACAAACAAAAAAAAACAAGUAAUGCUUUUUAUUAAGUGGCACAAAGUACACACUAAAAACUAUGCAAAAAUAUAGGUAAAUACAGUGUACUUACAUGUAAGUAUCUUGUACUUGCUGUGUAUGGAUAUUCGAAAACCGUGUAAUUACAAUAUGCAUUUUGAUUAUUUCAAGCAGGGGGGUGACCCCUACAAGUCACAAGGAAAACCUGGAAGGUACAUAUCCAAACAGUGGAUACCCUAAUGCAAUAUGUGUAAUUCCUCUGCUUACAAUGACUAAUUUAUAGAAAUGCUUAUAUGACUCCUCAUUCUCAAUAGCUGUGCUUUCCAUUUCUUUGAGGCCCAUUAAAGAUCACUGAAACACCUUUAGGCAAAGUAAGACACUGACUUUGCUAAUGGCUUUUCUGCUAGCACUCUGCAUGUCUGGCAACACUGUUGUACAAUCUAUUUCUGGCUCAACAGCACAAGUUUCCUCUUUUUUUCCAUCCUCAAGGGAGCCUAGUAUGUUAAGAUGCUGAAAUAUGCUGCCAUAUGCCCUGGUAUUUUUAGCACAAACAAGAGAGAAAGAAAGAGAGAGAGAUGAAUUUUUCUGACCCCUAUUUUGCUGAAUCACCUCACCUGGAAUUUCCGCUACUCACUCAAUAAUGCCAGGUAAUCUUAAAUUGUAAGUACAAAAUGCUUCCAUCAAAGUACAGAGGAUGCCUUUAAUGAUGAAUCAUAAUGAUAAAGCUAACAUUUUGUAAAUGUGAGGUUUUGUAUUACUGAUUUUUUUACUUCUCACCACUUAUGCAUCAUACCCUUCCAGAAGGAAUGCACUGAAAGACAGAUAACAUAGAAUAUCAAAAGAAGAAAAGAAUAUUGUAAACCUUGUUGUGGUUACCAGUGCUAUAACCGUCCUUUGUGUCCUAUGUAACAAGCAAAUAGAUGUAUUUAGCAACUGCCAUUAGCAUCAUUUCACCUUAUACUGUUCCUAGAAUAUGACAUCUACCUCUUAGUCUAAAGACGAGCUAUGAGAUAUUUGUAUACAUUUUUAAUACUAUUGCAACUUUGAUGUAGUCUUGAAAUAAAAUCACUGUUGUUGGUUUUGGUUUUUUUUUUUUUUUUUUUUUUUUUU